UUUCCCCUGUUUUUUCUCUGUUUUUUUCCUCUCUUCUUCUCCUUCAAUUCAAACACUGUGGAGUAAAACCUGAGUUUGCGUUGAGAAACCCUAUAAACACGGAGAUCAACAACCAUGGUGGUGCAAGGUUUUUCAGGUGAUGCAACACCACCACCACAACCACCGCCUUAUUUUUCGGAUGAAAGAGAUGGACAUGGACGACAUAGCGAUGGUGAUGAUACAAGCUUCGGGAUUUCCUCUGAGGAACUCCAACUCUAUAGACAUUUGGCUAACAAGAGCUUCCAUAAUAUACAGAUGAAGUACUCUUAUCAUCAGAAUUAUGAUCUUCAACAAAUCUUGAGAAAUCCAGAACUUCAUUUGAAACUUACAAAGUCUCAAUCUUUUAUCAACUUAAUACAAGACACAUUGGUACCUCAACAACAGAUUCAUCAUCAUCAUCAUCAUGGGGCGGUAGGCAGGCCAAGAAAAACUGAUUUUGUAUCUCAACAAGUCACCGAGAAGUUGAAAGCUUCAAACUUUUCUGCAUCAUUACUCAGAAUCGGAAAAUGGGAGAGAGUCUCCAUUCAUGAAGGCGAUUUGGUGGCCAAGUGUUACUAUGCAAAGAAGAAACUUGUGUGGGAGUUUCUAGAGAGGACAUUGAAGAGAAAGAUUGAAAUACAAUGGGGUGAUAUAUUGGCUAUCAGAGCAACUAUGAAUGAAAAUGAGCCUGGAAUUCUUCAAAUUGAGUUGAAAAACCCUCCUACAUUUCACCAUGAGACUGAUCCACAGCCAAGAAAGCAUACUAAUUGGAAGACAGCAGCAGAUUUCACAGAUGGGCAAGCUCUUGUGUGGAGGAGGCAUUACCUGACAUUUCCUCCAGGAGUUCUUGAUAAACCCUUUGAGAAGCUUUUGCAAUGUGAUGACAGAUUGAAUGAAUUAAGUCGUCAACCUUUCCCAAGUUUGAAGUCUCCUUAUUUCUAUCACCAAACUAUAUAUGAGCCCAUGGAGUUAAAUUUCAGCUUUCAUGGACAAAGGCCUCAUUUCAACCCUGCUUUGCAACUCUCUUUGGCACAACUUCAUAACACAUCAUAUGUUGCUCAACCAGUUCCAUCUUAUCAGCAAACUAUCACGCAACGACGAAGCAUUAGUGAAUUAGCUUCACCAGAUUCAGUAAUGGAAUUUGGCGAAAAUCCAGAGAUGGCAUUCUGGGGUCAAGGAAUGAACAAUUUUGCAGAUAAUUUAGUUGGAAAUCAAGUUCAAGGACUUCUGCAUGUUCCUUCAAUCACACCAGCAGAUGUAUUUUAUCCGAACAACAACAACAACAACUACAUCGAAUCAGGCAGCAGCUGCAGGCGCAAUUUCGACACUGACACUUGUCUAAACCACAUUGAAAAGGCUUUGAUGAGCGAUGCACACGCAGAUUACAGAGACCAAGGAAAGUUUAGCCAGUGUAGCCUCGAAAGUAUGGCAACAAUGGAGGCAAUGAUCAAUCAGCCUACUGACGGGAACAACCUUUUCUGUAACACUAACGCUACAAACAACACUAUCUAUGGACAAAACAUGCCUAUUGCUAUGCACAUUGAUUUGAGUUCUAAUCAGCCUUCAAAUGAAACUACUGGAGGCCUAAUUUUUCAACCUUGGAUGGCAUCUAUGGUUACUGAGAUUCGACAGCCUAUAUCUGCAGUGAUGCCAACUCAAGUAACUAAUGAAAUUCCAGUGAGUUAUUAUGAUUAUGCCACUGACAACCACCACCAUCACCACCACCACCACCAUCACCAUGGACAGAAUAGUUGGCCUUGAUGUACAAGUGAAGAAGAGGUAGAAUUAGGGAGUUUUAGAUAACUGUGAUCUCAGUGUAGUGUAGAUAGUAGUCAUUUAUAGAAUGAAUCCGAUCCUUUUAGUUCAUAAUAUUAGGAAGAGUUAGGCCUUCUGUUUUGGUGGAACUAUAAAUGUGUAAAGACAGUUUUCUGAGAAGGGUGACUCCUUUUGUUUUCAUCUUCUCAGAAGACUUUGAGAUUUAUAAUGCAAAUUGCUUCUAACUUCAACAGAUCAAACUUACUGAUUCCAUUAAUGG